CAAACUAAUAUUUAUCUGAGUAAUUGGUUUGUCAGUACCUUGAAAUGCAUUUCAGUGAUUACUGCCUGCUGUGGUGGAGGUGCAGGAUCAUGCCAAACCUACAGUACGGCCGACAAUCUGACUGGCAUCGCUUGCUGUGAUCUCACUCCAUUCAACAGCAUCACACAUUUGUGUUGUGAUGGAAAUUACAGAAAGCGGUCUGAUCCCAGCAUGUACGUCGACAAAUGCUGUGGAAAGAACUUGUUGGUGCCAAAUCAGACGUGUUGCAAUGGAACGGUACACAACGUGGUUAAUGGCGACUGCUGUGGAACCGCCGUGUAUUCAGCCUCGGAAUCGACGUAUUUGUGUUGUGAAGGGAAUUUGUCAAGGACCAUCUCUCCCACAGAUAAAUGUUGUGGUCCAAUGGCAUUCGAUGGAGGUGUUCAAGAAAUAUGCUGUGGCGGUAAGGUACGUGGAGACGCCGUAGGUUUAAAACAAAAUAAAUUAAAAAUAAAAAUAAGUGCUGGCUUUUUGUACAUUGCAUCUCCCGAUGAGUCUAAGGGAAGGAAUGGCUCCACCAGGAAAGGCAAUGUCGAACAUGAUUCUAAUAAGUUGGGAGAAAGCGUUUCAAGAAUGAAGACCUGCGGAGGCCCAGCAACAAAUAAUGACUAG